UUACAAACCAAAAGGAGGAGUUUAAAAAAAUCAACUUAAAAUUAUUAAUAGAUAAAAGAUGUCUAUGGCAGUAUGCCUUUUUAUGUUCUGAAACAAUGGCAAAUUCUUCAGCAGUAACUUCAUCUGUGAGGGUUUCGAUUCAUGGGCAUCGAUUUAGGCUUUGCAAAUGCCAGUAUGGGCUCACUGAACAGAAAAUCAAAAAAUUUCAACUUUUGAUUUAAAAAAUGAAGCUUUCCACCUGUUUCAGUUUCUUAAGAGUAAAAGUACGGUUGUGUUCUUGCUUAGGGGGUAAUAGCAGACCAGAUUACUGUAUGUAUCAUUCAGUUAAUUAAAAAACUGUUGUGAGUUAAGGAGUGAUUAUAAAUUUCUAUGAUGUCCUAACAAAAAUAAAUUGUGGUAUAGGACCUAAAAUGGGUCAUAGUGUUGUGUAUUUUUGGAGCAUUGUGGCCAGAAACUGUGUUAUCUGUCUGGACAUACAUACAGUCAUUUCUGUAAUAAAUACUUUAAAUAAUACACAAUUUAAUAAUGUAAAUAGUUUUAAAGCCUGUUAAGUCUUAAAGUCUAAAAGUCUUAAGUCUGUUUUGUUCAAUGAAGAACUAGGGGGAAAAAAAUUUGGUUUUACUAAGUAGCUUGACUCUGGAAUUGUCUUGCAUGAGGCUGAUGCCAUAGGUGGAUCUUUGGGCUGUGAGCAAUUCCCCGUUUGGCCAGCCUGGCCCGAGAAUCCAGCAAGCCAAUAAAUGAUUCUCUGGAAAAGGCAGGUUUUGCAGAUAAGGGCUUUCCUUAGGUGUGUACUAUGUCAGAGGAAUGGCAGGGUUAUCUCCCAGUGCCAGGGUAAGGUGCCAUUUUUCCAGCAAGCAGGAGGAAGCUGUUUUGAGGAAACUUCAUCUUGAAAGCUCUGUUAGAGCAGAAGGAAGGGUGGAAGGGGAGGAGACUGCCAGUUCUGGAGCUCUGCUUGUCAUUCAGGGAAUGAGGAGAAGAGCCGCGAGCAGCUCCCCUUGAAAUGACUCAAAAUGUUCACUCAGUGUUCAGAAAAUGGACGAUGAUGAUGACAUUCCCCAGCUUUCAUCCCAUACAUUGGCUGCCCUCCAGGAGUUCUAUUUGGAGCAGCAGCAGAGAGAGGGCAUGAAGACCUCCCAAGGGUUUAAUCAAUAUUCCAUUGGCUCAAUAGAAGAAGACUGGCAACUGAGCCAGUUUUGGUACAGUGAUGAAACCGCAUCAUGCCUGGCUAAGGAAGCAGUUCUGGCAGCUGGAAAAGGUGGCAGGAUAGCAUGUGUUAGUGCACCGAGUGUGUACCAGAAACUGAAAGAACAGGAUGGUGAGGAUUUUUCUGUGUGUAUACUGGAGUAUGACAGAAGGUUUUCUGUGUAUGGAGAAGAGUUUAUCUUCUAUGAUUACAACCACCCUUUGGACUUACCUGAAAAUCUCCUGCCACACAGCUUUGACAUCGUAAUAGCAGAUCCACCCUAUCUGUCUGAGGAAUGUCUUCAAAAGACUACAGAGACCAUCAAAUACCUGACAAAAGGAAAGAUUCUGCUUUGCACAGGUGCAGUCAUGGAGGAACAGGCAGCAAAGCAUCUGGGUGUGAAGAUGUGCAAGUUUAUUCCAAAACACUCACGAAAUUUAGCCAAUGAAUUUCGAUGCUAUGUGAACUAUGCUUCUGGACUGGACUAAUUCUCCUAAGAUCAUGUACAAAUCUACAGCUUUUUCAGUCAAGCUUCUUUCUGUUUGCUGUCAGUUAUGCCACAUUUCUGAGGGCUGACAUAGUCAGCUCUGAGUACUGUUCUCUGGCACAGCUGGAAUCAACACAGUAUGAUAGCCUCUCUCUUUUAAAUGAGUAAGCAUUUGUAGUUACUGUGUUUUGUAUUAGGUAAAUGCAGGUGCUGGAUAAUGGGAACUUCUUUGUUAGACUUUAAUUCUAACUGGUAGCUUUUACUAUAUGAGGACAUGUCAGUGACCUCUUUGAAGUGAAUUUAGCUUAUAACAACACAUAGGUGUUUGCCUUGCAGGCAUCAGAAUUGUCAUUGCCAAAGAGUGUGAUACUUCUGUAGUAAUGUGACCCACACAUGUCCCUUAAAUCUUGAAUCACAAUGGCUCUGAUUAAAUAUAAUGCCUGCUUUUUAAUAAUUUCAGUAUCAAACUAAAGAGGAUCUACAGGUAUGUCAAGUUACAAGAAUGGGUACGAUUUUUUUUCCCAGUUGCCUGAUUUUAUCUUUUUCUCCUGUUCCACAGACAGCAGCAGAGCAGUAGAAUAGAAGCAUCCUAAAAAUCAUUGAAUCUUACAAGGCCACUGAGGAAUAAUAUAUUGAUAAACUCCCACUGUUUCAAAUGGAAAAAUGUUAGAUUUUAUAUUCAAGGUUUGGUCUAUAUUUCAGUCAAAAUAGGUAAUACAUUGGAAAGGCUUUGCUUUGCAUAAGUAGAGAUUUUUGAUAACUGGGAAUUUUGAAGCCACUUUUGACUAGCCUUUCGACUACAGUACUGAAGUAUUUUUGGGUGGAGAUUAGUUCAUAAAUUUCAAAGCACUCAACACUUUUAUAAUCUCUGAAAACACUCUACAAAACACAAGCACUUGUCUUUGUAUGUCAUACCAUAUAAAAGUUA